CCCCCAUUAAUCCAAGCUCGAGUCUGUUUGGAGGUCACCGUCGCCCUGAACCGAUCCCACGAUUGGAGAAAAUCAACCUUGGCGAUUCAGAUGGAAGAGGAAAAAGUGGCUCUUUGGAGCAGUCUCCUCAAACCCAAAUUAAGAUCGAGCCUCCAGCAUCGUCAGUCGAGGAGGGCUUCAGGAAUUCAAUUUCUACAAACUUGUCCGAACCAAUGUGAGUACACCGUCUUUAUUUUUUUUCUUCCUUCGGGAGUUCCUCAAUUGGAAGAGUUGUAA